AUGGCUGUGCAGGAGGAUGCCACCAAGCGCGCUUCCAUGGCCGACGUCCUGGGGAUCUUGGACGCCCCCGAGGAGAUCGCGACGGCGGUAGUCGAGCUGGAGGCGGGCUACAGGGAGAUGGCGGCACGCGUCGCGGCGGCCCUGAAGCGCGCUGGCUUCAAGAGCGCUGUCGGCUACUUGGGGGAAUUGCGCUUGGGCCACGUGGAGGCAAGGCACGAGGUUCCGGCAUGGCUCGCCCGGGCGUUCGCGAGAUGCCGCAAGUCGCCGUUGCGGGGGCAGGGGCCCAAGGCCAAGGCGGGCGAGCUGAAGGGCGUACGAGCCACGGAUGUGCUCCGGCCGCAUGCGGCGUACGUGGUGGCGAACCGCUGGCUGCUGAGGGAGAUCGAGGUGGCAGGUGCUCGCUUGGCGCACGCUUCGUUCGAGGCCGGCGAGGUCGCGGUGCUCUUCCUCCCGGUCUCCAAGUGCGAUGUGGGAGGCAGCGGGCGGGAGAGGAGGCUUCGCUGCUUGUGCUCACCGGGCGUUCGCGCUGAUUCCUGUCCGUACCACGUGCUGGCCGUGCAGGUGGACAGGGUAGAGAGGUUUGCAGGCGUCAGCCGCGGAGAGCAGGGCGCUUGGGACCAGCCGCUGUUCCCGACGGUCGGCAACCAGGUGCCGACUAAGGCGAGCAUGGUCCAGGCGCGGCGCGGGCCCGCGGCCGACCCCGCGCGGAUCUCGGGCCAUUCCGCCAGGAGGUCUGGUGCGAAGCGGUGCGCUCGCGAAGGUUGGCCCAUUUUGGCCAUUCAACACCUGGGCCGCUGGGCGAGCGGGCAGGUGUUGGAAUACGUGGAAGAGUCAUGCGCCGAGCGCACUGGCACAGGGGUGGCGCACGAGGCCGACAAGCCGAAGGCCCCAGCCGCUUGGGACGCGCGCGUGGCCGCAGCAGCAGCAGAACACGCGAAGGUGGCGCAGGCCUUAUAA